CCCUCGAGUCCCCCCAAAGCGUGCGCACAAGCUCGCAACCGUCCAACCAUCCAAACCUUCUCUCACACAAACGCAAGCUCAUCCUUCCAUCCCAGCGCAGUCACGACCUCCUCUCACGCAGCCUCAAUCCUCACGUCUUCUUUCUCCUUCCCCUUCCUCCCUCACUCCUUCUCCUUUCUCUUUCUCAAUCGCCCUCUCCCUCUCUUUUCCUCUCUCCACUCUUGUCUCUCUCUCCCUCUCUCCCGCUCUCUUCUCCCGCCCCUCACCAACAUCGAUCGCCGCACCACCUCUCUCGCGCACAGUCACGUCCAUCUUCAUCAAUGGCCGAGUACAUCGGCGCCCGCAUAUCCCUCAUCUCCAAAGCGGACAUCCGCUACGUCGGCACCCUCCACGAGAUCAGCUCCGAGAACUCGACCGUCGCGCUCGAAAAUGUCCGCUCCAUGGGCACGGAGGACAGGCGCACGGGUCCGGGCUCCGUCGCGGCCAGCGACCGCCUGUACGAGUACAUUAUCUUCCGAGGCAGCGACGUGAAGGACCUGAGGAUCGAGGAGCCGCCCAAACCGGCCGCCCCCAAGCAGGAGGCAGAGGUCCCCGAUGACCCUGCCAUCUUGGGCUCACAACGUCCUCCACAUCAAGCUGGCACACCGUCGCAGCAACCACCCUUUGGUCAGCCUCCUCCGUAUGGCCAAGGCUUCCCAGGAUAUCCUCCUCCAAUGCACAACCAAGGCUUCGGCAGAAGUGGCUUCCCACCUGGCCCUGGUGCACCUGGCUUUGGGUAUCCAGGUCCUGGUCCGUAUGGUGGUGCGCCGCCUCCGGGCUGGUAUCCUCCAGGCCAAGGAUUUCCACAAGGAGGGCCGAACCCUUUCCCUCCCCAAGUUGCGCCGUCACAUCCUGGUCAGCAGACGCCUAGACAGCAGCCGACGCCAAUUGGAACCUCCAAAGACAACAAAGCUCCAGAAAAACGGGUUGAGGCUCCUACCAAAGCAGAGCCAAGCAAAGCUCCUACAGCUACAUCUGCAACUGCAACUGCACAGAAGGAUGCACCAGCUCCGGAAGCUGAGACGGUGGUGGAAGCCCCUUCUUCUGCCGCACCAACUGUGAACACCACUCAAGCUCCACCGACUGGGCCGAAGGGUCGGGCUCCAAUCCCAAUAAAUCCUGCUGCCAAAACCAGUCCUCAAUCUGGCUCAAAUACCCAACCACAGAAUGCACAAUCUUUUGCCAGUGCCACGCAAGCCGCAACCGCCGCAGUCGCCGCCGCAAUGGCGAAGCUACCAAUGGCCCAGAAGAUGGGCCAGCAAGAGAGUGGCUCGCAAGGCGUGGAUAACUUGGCGAAGAAGGUCCAGGAAAUGCGUACAGACGACCACAUCCGUCACGGCCGACAGCAGGGCACAGGCGGCCAUGUAGCGGCUCCACGUGGUCGCGGUCGUGGCCGGGGAGGCCAUCACCAACAUAGUAGGCCAAUUGAAGUGCCCACCACAGAUUUCGAUUUCGAGAGCGCCAAUGCCAAAUUUAACAAGGAAGACCUCGCUAAAGAAGCCAUCGCUACGGGCUCACCUCUUGGCAUGUCAUCUGAAUCUGCUGGCGGAGCCGCCAACGGUGCAGCAACGGCGAAUGGCGAGAAGGACGCUGGCAAGAAGGUUGAAGAGGUCAUCAUUCCGAAGGCAGAGGCCAUAUACGACAAGAAAACGAGCUUCUUCGACAACAUAUCGAGCGAGCUGAAAGACCGUGAGGAGAAGCGCGGCGCGGAGUUCAGGAACGAAGAGCGUAAGAAGAACAUGGAGACGUUCGGGCAAGGGUCCGUGGACAACUACCGUCGCGGCUACGGAAGAGGUCGCGGCCGUGGAUUCAGAGGUGGUGGCAAUAGCCGCGGCGGUUACGGGCCGCGUGGUGGCAACACACGAGGGAACUUCAACAACAGUAACAACCGUCCGAAAGGCGGGGCUGCCAACGCUGAGUCGUAGACACAAAAGCCACAUUCUUCGGGGUCGUAUGGGAGAAAAACAAAAGAUUACUUUCGUCAUAUGUAUCACACACUAAUGUCCGUUUCGUUGAAGGACGUUUGUGGUCGUCAAUCGUGUCGCGCGUUGAAGCGUUUCUCAAAGUAUCAGGUUAAAUGAACAAAAGAACCACGAGGCAAGCGAGGUCUACAAAAGUGUAUGUACACUUGGCCUACACGUUCUUGCAUAAACGUCUGACGGAACUCAAUGUAACACUAGCAAACCACCAAAUACAAAACCCAUUUCUUCCACAGCAAACAUGUUCUUUUGUGUGCGUGAAGCUCCGUGUACCUAACUUCACGGCGCGAAGUAGGCAGCACCUUUGAUUUUGUCAUAGUUGGACGUUCAUUUCGUCUAGGCGAACGUGACAGGCUAGUAAUCGUUCACAAAGGCAAAGUCGAAG